UUCACAUACUCCUCCCAUCUCCCAUGUUUACGUCAAAUCCUUCCCAGCAGCGGAUGUUGUUGGAAAAGGGGUGCUACAAACGUCAACGUAUGAGUUAGAAACCAUCGAAAAGUUCACAGAGCUGAUAUUUCCAUCAUCACCGAGGAUACAGAAGAAACACUGCUUGAACAUCAGCACAGUGUGAGGAGAGCUCCCAUCUCUGGCCUCCUUCCAGGGAACCAACAUGUCCAGUGACCCCCCUCCUCCAUACCCCGGGGGCCCGAGUGCCCCAUUUCUUGGGGAGAAAAAUGGACAACCUUCAGUUCCUGCAGCCAGUGCUCCAGUAACGACAGGACCUCCACAUGGGUAUCCACUGCCUCCAGAAUAUGGACCUCCACCUUAUGAAGCCACACUUCAGCCUGGCUUUGUUCCUCCGCAUGUCCCAGGAGAAGGUCACAUGCCUAAACCUGUGCAUAUGUCAAUGCCCAUGCCUCAUCCUCACGGUGUUUACUAUGCUCCACCUGGACACUUUCCUCAUCCGAUAGCCGAGCACUAUGGCCCGGGGCCCAGUCACUUUGCUCCAGGUCACACAGCCACAGUUCUCGCCCCUCCUGGUGCCACCACCACCACCGUGACUGUUCUACAGGGGGAGAUGUUCCAAGCGGCUCCAGUGCAGACGGUUUGUCCACACUGCCAGCAACCCAUCGUCACCCGCAUCAGGCACGACAUCGGCUUCACAAAUACUCUUAUCUGUAUGUUCUGCUUCUUUGUGGGUUGUGAUCUAGGUUGCUGCUUGAUCCCCUGUUUCAUGGAUGACCUCAAGGAUGUGACACACACUUGCCCAAACUGCAAGGGCUAUAUUUACACAUAUAAGCGCAUAUGCUAACAGUUUAUCCCAUCAGCAAUCAUGCUGUGUCCUCGUUCUGGUGGGUGUAGACGACCCGUUUUCAUUUCCCUCUGUUCUCUGUGGUCAUUUUGCCAACAUAUAUAUCAUUUUGUACAGGCACUUGACAUAGUUACUGAUGUCUCUAAAAUUAAGCAGAGGUUAUUAGCAAUCAUUGAAGGAUGGGUACGUUUUAUAUGAUGCAUGAUUGACAUUUACAUUGUGUCAUCCAAGCACUGUUUUUUUUAGCUGUAGUGCUAAGUGUGUACAUUUAGAGAAUAUGUGAAAACAUUAACCUUGAAAAGCUCAUCUGUGAAUAUUACUGUGUAGCGAAACUACAUGAAGUUCACUGCAGGGUCAGUAUUGUUGGAUUGUAGGAUUAUUAUUUUAUGCAUUAUUGUUUAAAGUCUUAGAUGGCUGGGUCUGAGACUUUUGAAGUUCUGGGGUAACGUGAUUGCUUUUACAUGUGAAAAUGUCUCUAUAGUUGGCAUGAUAUGCAAAUGUUAUGGAAAUUGUUUUCUUUCUCUUUUGUUUUCAAUUUCUUAGAUUUGUUGAUAAGAUUCAAUUCCUGUUGAUUUGAGAUAUGCUUAUCAGUGUAACAUGCAUUGUUGUAUAGAUGUCAUUUUAGAUUGGAUUGGAUUUCUGUUGAUAAAGGGAUCUGUAUGUCCAUGUAAAUAACAUUUGAUAAUUUAAAUUCUCUCCUUUUAAUAAUUUAGAGAUGCUAAAUAGCUUUCAUUAAAGCUCAUGGUGUUUUAAA